CAGACAUUCUUCUAGCAAUAUGUUCAAAAUCACCCUUUUCACAAUUAGCUGCCUGAUGGCUGUUGCAUCCGCCCAGUACUGGGGAGGAGAGAGCGGUUAUUGGGGUGGUGAAGGCGGUUAUGCGGCAGAUCACCAAGAUUAUCACUCGUAUCCAAAGUACAAAUAUGAAUAUGGAGUAAAGGAUUACCACACUGGAGAUCACAAGAGCCAAUGGGAGCAUCGUGAUGGAGAUGUGGUCAAAGGUGGAUACACCCUGGAUGAAGCAGAUGGUACGAAGCGUGUAGUUGAGUACUACUCCGAUAAGCAUCAUGGUUUGACGGCUCAUGUCAAAAGAAUAGGCCACGCUCACCAUCCUCAGGUUUACGGACAUCACGGUGGCUACUAUCAAGGAUACGGCCAUGGUCAUUCCGGUUAUAGUUACAACAAUUUGGAUCAAUACCAUCAUUAGGAUUGAUUAAUGAUGUUGAAUAGAUUGUUUAUCAAAUGGAUUGAGGAAUGCAAAAGUUAUUGAAAACAAAAAAGUUUUUCAUAAAUAAAGAAUAUAUACCAUUAGUAAAAAC